AGGAACCAUGUUCGAUCACACCAUAGAAACGAAAUUGGUUCAAGAAGUGGUAGCGCAAUUACUCAUCAGAUCAGCAGCCAUUAUCCCAAUGCAACCUUCUUCCCUAUCUCCACACCUCAUUCAAAUUCCCCCAAAAGUUCACACGUGAUAUUGCUUGCCACUGUUGCAUAUAAUUUGAUUCAAUAAUCAGAAAUUCGCCGCAAUGACGACUCGUUACUGGACGGCAUCUCUCCCCGCUGGCCAAGGCUCGUCGGCAUCUUCUUUGUGGAGUCGCCUUCAAGAAUCCAUCUCCAAACAAGCAUUUGACACCGCUCUUUAUCGAUUCAAUAUUCCGAAUCUGCGCGUAGGCACCCUGGAUUCUCUGCUGGCAUUGAGUGAUGAUCUAUUGAAAUCGAACAACUUCAUCGAAGGGGUGUCACACAAAAUCCGGCGACAGAUUGAGGAAUUAGAGAGGGUGUCUGGAGUUGUUAGUAGCUCUCUUACAGUUGAUGGGGUUCCAGUUGACUCUUACCUCACUAGGUUUGCAUGGGAUGAAGCAAAGUAUCCCACAAUGUCACCACUCAAGGAGUUUGUCGAUGGAAUUCAUGUACAUAUUGCUAAAAUUGAAGAUGAUUUGAAGGUUCGGGUUGCUGAAUACAGUAACGUGCGCAGUCAACUAAAUGCCAUUAAUCGAAAGCAGGCUGGAAGCUUAGCUGUUUGUGACCUUUCCAAUUUGGUGAAGCCACAAGAUAUUGUUACUUCAGAACACUUGAUCACUCUCCUUGCAGUUGUUUCGAAGUAUUCUCAGAAGGAUUGGCUAUCAAGCUAUGAGACACUCACAGAUUAUGUGGUUCCCAGAUCCUCUAAGAAGCUCCAUGAGGACAAUGAAUAUGCUCUAUAUACUGUAACAUUAUUCAGUCGAGAUGCUGACAAUUUUAGAACUAAGGCGCGAGAAAGAAGUUUUCAGGUUCGUGAUUUUGAAUAUAAUCCAGAGACACAAGAUUCUCGAAAGCAGGAGCUUGAAAAGCUGAUGCAAGACCAAGAUACAUUGAGAAGUUCGUUGUUGCAAUGGUGCUACACCAGUUAUGGGGAGGUCUUUAGCUCAUGGAUGCACUUCUGCGCUGUACGUGUCUUUAGUGAAAGCAUUCUGCGAUAUGGUCUACCUCCAUCAUUUCUGUCUGUUGUGUUGUCACCAUCUGUUAAAAAUGAGAAGAAAGCUCGUUCCAUUCUGGAGGGACUGUGCAGCAGCUCAAAUAGCACAUACUGGAAAACAGAGGAUGAAGGAGGGAUGGCUGGUUUUGCAGGCGACGCAGAUGCUCAUCCUUACGUCUCCUUCACAAUUAAUCUCAUCUAAGCUGAGUCACCGGUGUUGUGGUCCAUUUGACUGACCUUCCCAAAUAAGGACUGAUUCUACACUUGUAUAAUAGAGUAAAUUAUCUAAUCCAUCCCUUUAAGAGCUAUUCGUUGUCCGUUGAACAUUAGUAUGAAGCUUUUUCUUGUCCCUUCUCCUAUGUUUGCGCGAGAAUCUGUUAUUUUAGCAGAUGAAUCUCCUCUGGUAUUUAUGCUGUGAAGUUUUGUUGGACCAAAUGUACUAUCUGAGAAAUUAUUAGUGAGAUGAAUAAACAAAAUAUCCGACCAAA